AUGUCAAAUAAACUUAGUAGUAAUGCUCGAGAGCGCACUCGAGCUGCUAUUGAUGCGGAUCAAGAAGCAGCGAAAGCGUCAAAAUAUACACCAAAAGCGACAAUCACAAAACCUAGUCGAAAAGUGCCAUCUGCUAUAGAUGACAAAACGGGUAAAACAGCUGAUGAUCAUUCCGUUCAAGUACCAAUACAUUUCUCAACAAUAUUCGCAGCAUCCAUUUGUCUUAUAAUUACAACUGCAUUUUGUGUAAGUAAUUUUUGGGGUUGA